GUGACCCGUUCGCGUCCCUCUUCUCACUUCCUGCUUCCGCCUCGUCUCGUUCCAAGCAUUUCGCCAGAUUCCCGAACCGGGACAGGCCUUGCGUUCGCUUGCGCUUAUUUCCGCUCGCUGGUCGUUUUGGCGUCAACAAGCCCGCGCGACUGCGCGACCGGCGACAACCGAUCACCCAAACGUCACCUCGAUAAUCCCAUGGCGGCGUCUUCGUCCGUCACGAGCGUCGGCGGCGUGCUGAUCGUCACGCAGGUCAUCCCUCGAGACGGAAGCGCCGUCCCGCCGCAGGCCGACACGCUGGCUCCGCCCGCCGAUGCCCGGGCCGCACCCCCUGCCUCUCCCGCCAAGAAGAACGCAAAGAGCGCCGCCCACCAGCGGGGGGAGAUCCCGGGCCUCGGGGUUGUCCAGAUGGUCAUCGGCUUGCUGUGCGUUCUCUUCGGCUUGACGGGGAUCUCGCGCUUCCUGAUUGAGCACGUGGCGUUCUGCGGCGGCAUCUGCUUUCUGGCGUCCGGUUGGUUGGCGGUGGCGGCUCGGAGGCGGACGUCCGCUACGCUGGUGUGGGCGUGUUUGUGGUCCAACGCCGUCAGCGUCCUGCUGAGCCUGGGCGGCGCGGCCUACCUGAGCUGGCUGCUGGCGACCGGUCGUCCCGCCGAGAGCGUAUGCGGUGACCGAUUGGCCGGCGACGACAAAGCGUGGAGCGUCUGCGUCGAGAAUCUGUGGUUGUUGGACAGGGUGCUGUCGGGCCUUCGCGGCCUGUUCCUGGUUGUGUUGCUCCUGCAGGCCGCCGUCUGCGCGGCGCUCUGUGUCUUCACCGCCAGCGCCAUCAGGAUGCGACAGCGCUACGCGCCCAUCACGGUGCUGAAAGAAGAUGGCUGCUGUGGCGGGAAGCUAGAGGCCCAGCCAGAAUCUCCGUGACAACCGACGCAACUUUGGGACAGCGUAAAAAUAGUGGAAUAACGGCAUCAGAAAAGCAGAAGAUUUGAGUUACAAUCACACGAUAAGAGUAAUAACUGCAUAUUAACAUUUUAGUUAUUGUAAAAGCAGCAGAGCGACAGUGUCACAGAAGCAUUAUAACCUUUGCAUUACUUUUUUGUACACUUGCAUUGUGGCUCAUUAGCAAGCUAAAAUGAGAAUAAAAUGUGCCGCUGAUGUCAUUCACAGCUGAAUUGCAUUUGGUGGGUUAGCAUUUAGCAUUAGCCGCAGUACAAUGGCACAGCUUGCUGUAGUUGAAAUCAAUCAAAAUCAAUAAAAGGGUCGACAAAUGUCA